UGGAGAUGGGUUUACGCAGUCGCAUUGUCAUCGAUAUAUAUAGCAUAUCUAUAAUCGUACACGAAAAUGAUACGUGCACGUCCAAAGGUAGGCCGUAUUUACGAUAUAGACUUUUUUAAUCUUAUCGACGAUAAUAGGACUAGAACUGGUUCAAGGCUGAGCUUUCGAGUGUUUUCAUUUAAAGGUGAAGAAAAGAAGGGGAGCCCUUGUUCCAAUACAGAAACAUACAGAAUCGACAUGGAGAACGGACAGACGCUUUCGAAUACAUUACACGACAUCGGCCAAAAACUACAAAUAGGAAAUGUCACCGAUGCGGUAUCGAAGAAACUAGCAAACCCUUCUACAAAUGUAGGUCAGUUAGGGGAAGUAGCUUUACAAGUACAGAAUAUUUUAAGAGGUGUCAUUGACAUAACAAGUGGUAACCAAUUGGCAGGCAGUUUAAGGAUUGUGUGUGCCGUCCGUGUUUUAGUUCCGAUUGUUGGACCACUCGGAACGGAAUUUGCACGGUUCGUUUUCUCUGUAUUAGGAUUUGCCGGAAGCGGUCAGAAAAGUAGUCAUAGUGCUAACCAGACUGUAGAUAGACGGAACACGACUGGCAUGAUGGCAACCAAUAUAUCAAACGCUCUUAAUAAAAUAGCGGACGCGUCACUUCAAUCCCAUGCUAACGGCGCAUGUAGAGCAUUGUCAUUUGCCCAUGAGACCAUCGUCGGUGAAAGUGAUGAUUCAAAGAAGGAUCUGAGUGGGGAAGAUGUUAAUGGUUUACUGCAGCUGAUAAACAUACCAUCAUGUGUGGAAACAUUGGGAAAGAUAGAGUCAAGAAUUUUGACAUUGAUGCAAGACGAGCCGGAAACACUGUCAGAGGAAGCUCUUUCCACACACUGCCGGAGAAUUAUCCAAUACAUAGACAUGUACUGUCACCUGGCUAUUCUCCGUGACGCCGUUAUGUUGGAACUUUACGCCAUGCUCAGAUACUCUGGACAUUCUGACCGCCUGGCAGAAGGUAUCAGAACAGGACUUGAAGGCGAGCACAAGCGAAACAGGAACUUGGUCAAAUCUUUGGUGCUUCCUAACCAAAGUCAUAUCCGGUUCGCUGCGUUCUUUGACCCUGACCACUGGCCGUUCACUUGCAAAUUCAUGGAAGAUUGCACCAAUUUCCACGCACCUGAAAACCUAGAUAAAGUACCGGUAGCCAUGCAUACUAUGAAAUGGAUGAGCUGGUUUGCAAACCACGACAUCAAAUCAGAAGUAUGUCUUCGUGCCUCGGAAUCCCCUUCAGAAAGAUCACCGGACAAGACCAAACACAACUUUGUGUUACUGAAGAAGGAGGGUUCAACGUGUUACUAUAUAAGCCCCCAAGGUCAGAAGGGUAAGUAUGUUGUGAUGAGAGGUGGCGAUAAGAAGUGGGUGGAAGUGAGGCCGGGCAGGCCUGGUAAGGAAGGGGAGUGGAACAUCUUCAAUGUCGAGGACAAGGACGGUGUGUAUAUGCUCUCCACUAGACGGUGGCCAGUCCACUUCAUGACCAUGUCAGACACGUGGUUUGGCUGGAUACAGGGACGGACAGUAUCUCUCUCGGAUCCUUCAGCACAUUGGGUCAUUCAGUACAACGGAUCUAAGGCAUAAGAUAAUGUGUGCAAGUCACGGGUCAUCUGGAUCAACUUGUAAAUUAUUCUGGCCAUUAUAUAUUACAA